AUGAUUUUCAGCAUUAUAACCUUGUACAGUGUUCUGGACAGAAGGCUCAAUUUCAAGGAGCAUACUGCAGUAACAGUUGUCAAAGCCAAAGCCACACUGGCUGGCCUCCAAAUGCUAGCCAGCUCCCAGAAUGGACUGUCCAUAUACCACACAUGCAUCUUGUACAAGGCCAGUGUCACCCCCAUCCUGACUUAUGGGCUCCCUCUGUGGUUUCAUGGAUUGUCCAUCUCCCCUUUCUACAUCACAUGUCUAAGAAUCAUCAAGAACCUUGCCAACAAACUCAGGUCCAGUCCCACCCAAUCAGAACUUGCACACCAACUGCCCACCUCCUGGGACUUCUUCACCAUCACUGACAACAUCCCAAGGUCUCCUGUUGAGUUUGCUGCAUCCUUCUCCCACUCAAAUGCUGAGUUCAUCACCCUAUACCUCAUUCACUCAGCUGCCCCCACCAAUCCAUGGCCAGACCAACUUAUGGUUGACAAGAGGUUGCCCAGCAGCUCCAAGAAGGCUGCAGCCAGGAUAAUCAAGAACAAAAUUGAAAUAGCCAAAGCCAACCGUGACGGUAACACUGUUCACAGCCCCCCCAACGGUCACGCCAGCGUUCUUUCCACCACGUCCAAGGUUGGACUUGGAUACAUUGUUAAAUACGGGAGAAAACACUGGAAAAAGGAUCUCACGGCAUGGGACCCAGAGCAAACAUCUACGACGCCGAAAUGCUAG